GAAAGCAGAUCUGGAAGUGAUGUUCUUAAGUGAUUACCCAGGAGAUGAUUUUUACCAUCUCAUCUACUAUACUGUCCAAGCCUACCAUGAUACAUUCCAGCAACUCUGCAAAUCGUUGGGUGGAGCAUGGCCUGCACUAGGGACAUCUGACAAUGCCUCAAAAGGUCGUAUACCAGCAAUAGCAUUUCUCAUAUCCAGAGGUGACUGUUCUUCAUUAAGAGCAGAUUUUAGUACUUUGGAAAUUUUUCAGAUUGUGUACAGGCCCCAUGACCCUUGGCAAGUAGCUGCAGCUAUAAGAAAGUCCAUUCAGAAUUAUGAUAAAUGAUUUGUGUAUAGCACCAGUGGAAGAUAUACUAUAUUUUGCGGCUUAUAAGACUUGUUUUACUUUCAAUGGCUUGGCAUUGGAUGCAACUGGGAGAGCUACAGCCCACCCCACACCCCAAACUUAUAGCUCCUGUCACUGACCUUCAGUUUAUAGGACACAGGGUGGAUUUUGGAGACAUUUUGUGGAAAAAAAUGCGUCUAAUAAGCCACAAAACACAGUAAUUACCUUGUGUGUAUCAACAAUGUGUGUAUUACAUACAUGUUGUUUUAUAUGAUAUGGUAGCAGUGUUUAUAUAAAAUUUAGAAAAAAUAUUUAUUUACUCUGUAUUAUUUUUUAUAACAAUUUCGCCAAAUUAAUAUGAAUUCCUUCAAUACAAAUUUUUAUUUUUUUGUCACUUGUUAUUUGUUAACUAGUAUUUUAUUAUUUUCUUAUCAUUAAAAUUUUUAUGAAAAAUUCUUUGCAGUUGAAGUUAAAAAUCGUAGUAAACAUUAGCGUAUUGUCUUAGUAGCACUGUUAUAUGUAAUUUUUUUUGUAAAAUUCUAAAUUUCUGAUAACAAUAUGCUCUCUAUCAGAAAAGGAUAAUUUAUAAAAAUUUACAUUACAUUGUUUUAUGAUAAAAUUAGCAGUAAAUCUAGUCAUAUGAGUAUUAGUAGAUGUAGUCUGAAUUUAUUAGUAAUAUUUUGGUAAGCAGUAGAAUAGAACAAGGUUAUUAGCAUGUCCUAUUUUAUACCUCUCUCUCUCUUUUAGUGCUCAUUUAUUUGCCAUCCUUUUGUUAAAAUUUAAAUGUGCAUUGGUUGUUAUAAAUCAGUGAUAUUGAAACUAUGCAAGAGUGUCCAAAGAGAAAAUUUUGAUAUGUAGAAAUAAAUUUAUCAUGAAAAGUCUGUGCUACCUUUGUGAACUCUGUGAAGGUUUAGGGUAAUAAGUAGGAUUCUGCUCUCAUAGGUGUGAGAAUUCAAUUUAAGCUCAGCAUAUAUAGAAAGUUUAUCAUUGUUAUGUUCAUUUUUAUUCCUUUCUUUCAAUACACCAACCGUAUCCUACCGAGGCGGGGUGGCCCAAAAAAAAAAAAGUUUCUCCUUUUACAUUUAGUAAUAUAUACAGGAGAAGGGGUCACUAGCCCCUUGCACCUGCCAUUUUAGUCUCCUCUUACAACACGCAUGGCUUACGGAGGAAGAAUUCUGUUCCACUUCCCCAUGGAGAUUUUUAUUCCUAUCAUCCCAAACAAGUAAAACUUUUUUCUCUCUGUUCUUAGUAUAUUAAUGAUUCAAUAAACAGAUUUAUGAGAUCCCUUCUAGACUUCAGAUGGGUGAUGCUUCAAAAUAGGCCAAGAAAACAUUACAACUUGAGUUUUAGAGAAGUAUAUUCACUUAAAAUCUUGCUAGUACUAUAUUACCAUACAAUUAAAAUCUUGCAAAUACUGUGCAGUAUAAAUCAAAUAAAGCUUAAUAUAAAUUUCUUACAAUAUGUUUUACACAGUAAAAAAAAAAAUUCAUCUUGCUAGAAACUUGAAAAGUUUUUUUUAUUGUAGAGGCAUAUAAACAAGCUCCAAGGAGGGCAUAUAAGCAGUGCAAAAUAGGCAGAUGUAAUCAUGAUAUAAGUUUUUUUUUUUUUUUUUUUUUUUUUUUAAAGUCGGCCGUCUCCCACCGAGGCAGGGUGACCCAAAAAGAAAGAAAAUCCCCCAAAACAAAAUACUUUCAUCAUCAUUCAACACUUUCACCUCACUCACACAUAAUCACUGUUUUUGC